AGAGACAGUAAUGUGACUGCAUAUUCGUAAUUGCCCCCAGAGUCAGAGUUGUGGUGGCAAUUCUGUUGUGUUGUGAGUUAUUUCAAGGGUGGUAUACCACCCCGGAUCUGAAUAUACCCCCCUUCCUGACUGAAAACACAUCCUCACAGCUUUACCAGAGAAAUCAUCUCUAUUCGGUACUUGAGUACACACACUUGAGUCAUGAAUGUUAUUUUUGUUAACAUGUUUAUGGGUUAUUGUUGAAUAUUGGCAAAACCACACGCCAUUUUUAACCCCGUUACUGUCGCAUUGUCUGCGCACAUAAAUUUUACCCUCAAGUUUAGAGCGGAGAGAAGAAACGAUGGAAACUGUACAGGCGCUCACUAUUGUGCAGGAAGCGCAGGUUCCUCACGCCAGACUGCCUCUGAUCUCGGAGCACUAUUUGGCAGAGAAUGGGAGGGGGAAGUCUCGGCCGCAGUUGAGCUCAUCAGAACGGCUGCUGCUGGAUUCAGAGAGCAGGAGAGGAAUCUUCCUUUAGCUAUAAAUGCACCAUUAAAAAAAAGAAAAGAGGGUAAGCUGCAUAUCACCACACAUGCAGACAGACAGGUAUGGCUUCGUGAGAACUGUGAAAUUAACCGACACACGGUUUUCGUACGGAGCUGUGGGGGCUUUCUUUCUCUCUCUCUCUCUCCCCCUCUCCCCCUCUCUCUCUCCCUCCAGACAUUUUUUUUGUUUUCAUUUGAAAUGUGUUUCUUGUCAGACAGGCAGCGGCGCUUUUUUUUUUUUUUUUUUUACAGUCCCUCCUUUGUUCGGCUGCUGCGGGGAUUGUAAAUAAUAGCCCAGCAAACAUGGCUGACAUCGCUCACUGCUUACAGAGCUAGCUCUAGCUAACGUUUGUGUGUUUUUGGGUUUUUUUAAACAUCCAUAGGUUUGUGUUUGCUGCUACGGAUCUUUUCAGACGUGUGGCUAACCUUAUUCUGUGUUCUCCUGGGAUAAUUACGACCUCUGCAGUCGAUAAAGGUUAGCUAAGGUAUUCAUGCUGGUGCACGGUUAGCUUCGUUUUGGCUUAGCUUUAUUUAUUUUAUUUAUUUGAUUUGUUUUAGUGAAUGUUCGGGUAUUGCUGAUCUGUGUAGCGUUUUCUGUGAAAAGGCAGGUUUUAAAAGCCCUACUACAAAAGUGAAAGACUGGAUAACCAUCACCUGCCAGAGCCCUGAGUGGGCUGCUGAUAACACCAGAUUGGACUAUUGGAUUACCUGCCAGCAUUUUUCCAUUUUCACCACACCUUUUUUUUUUUUUUUUUUUUUUUUUUUUUUUUUUUUUCUUCGCUAGACAGAUUUAAAUUCAUAUUUUCACCCUAGUUUGGCAGCAAGGCUGCUCCCCUACAUCCAGAUGAAUGAAGACCCCAUUCGGGAAGAACGCAGGCCAGAGAUCCAGAGCUGAUGCAGGACAUGCCGGUGUGUCUGCAAAUAUGAUGAAGAAGAAGAAUUCCCACAAAAAACACAAAAGCAGCGUGGGGCCCACCAAAGUGUCGCAGCCCCGGCGAAACAUAGUGGGCUGCCGCAUACAGCACAUCUGGAAGGAGGGCAGCGGAGCAGCGUCCCAGUGGAAGGGCACCGUGUUAGACCAAGUGCCGGUCAACCCAUCCCUCUACCUAAUCAAGUACGAUGGGUUCGACUGCGUAUAUGGCCUAGAGCUGCACAAGGACGAGCGAGUGCAGGGGCUGGAAGUCCUGCCGGACCGUGUAGCUUCGACGCGCAUCAGCGACGCACAUCUGGCUGACACGAUGAUAGGCAAGGCAGUGGAGCACAUGUUCGAGACGGAGGAAGGCUCGAAGGACGAGUGGCGGGGCAUGGUGUUGGCCCGAGCACCCAUUAUGAACACAUGGUUUUAUAUCACUUACGAAAAGGACCCGGUCCUCUACAUGUACCAGCUGCUCGACGACUACAAGGACGGAGACCUGAGGAUCAUGCCGGAUUCAAACGAUUCGCCCCCUGCGGAGCGCGAACCUGGAGAGGUGGUGGACAGCCUCGUCGGCAAGCAAGUGGAGUAUGCCAAAGAGGAUGGCUCCAAACGGACUGGCAUGGUCAUACACCAGGUGGAGGCCAAGCCCUCCGUCUAUUUCAUCAAGUUUGAUGACGACUUUCACAUUUACGUGUACGACUUGGUGAAAACAUCGUAGGCGGGUGACCCGAGGCAGAGGAAGAAGGAGGUCCAGGUAGCCCAGGAGGAGAUUUGACUUCGGAUGUGAUCCACAGACUCUGACAGAAGUUCUCAUGGAACGUUUUCUUUGCACCAUCUGAAUGGAGAUGCGGUGAUUGAUGUUUCACUGGAGCCUUGGAUUGCCACUAGUUAAGUGUCUUUUUUUUGUUUGUUUGUUUUUUCUUUUUUUUAUCCUCUCUCUCUCUCUCUCUCUCUCUCUCUCUCUCUCUCUCUCUCUUUUUUUUCUUUUUUUUUCUUCUCAUUUCCACAUGAAGGGAACGGUGUUUUGACAAGGUAUUCCCUAAACAAAAGUAGCUACAUGUUGAUGGUGUUUUUUUGUGUGUGGUUUAUUCCUGUUGAAUAACGGGCGUACAUCAUUUCCACUCCUGAACGGGAGAACCGGGGGUCAGCCUCCAGUUCUCACUUUUCAAUCGUGCACUUUGAUGACGGAGAGGUUCAGCCUUUAAUCGCUGAAAAGGUCGUUUGCUUUGACGCAGAACCGUAUAGCGCACAGCAGUGGGGAUGAAAAUCUGUUUCUCUCACCAAAUCACACGUACUACAAAUUUUACUCAUCUGUUUGAUAGAUGAUUCGUAUUUGUAGUCUGCUCACCAGCUUCUUUCAUAUUGUGGUGUUUUCGUUUGUUUGUUGUUUUUUUUUUUUUAAACGAUAGAUUACACAUUAUUCCAUGAUCUGUGUAUUAUCAUAAGCACUAAAGUUUUUUUCCGCCUCUACGACAUCGCAGCACUUGGUUAUUGUCUUUUUGAAAGAUGGACGAUCUAUCGAAAUUCACUCACUUAUCUGAAAGCCAUUUAUGAGCAUUCGCUUUAAAAAGAGAAAAAAGGUGAACAGAAUGGAUGAUAUCGUUCUUGUGCUGUUCAGCAACGGCUCAUCGAUGCCUUCGGAAUUGUUUUAAAUGUGUUUGUAUUUCGUGAUAUUCGUGAACCGCUCAUGACCGUCUUCGUUUGAUUACGCAGUAUAUUUCGUUUCACUACAACACGGUUAGAUUUUCGUUUCCGAAUGAAGACGCGUGGGAAAAUUGGCCAAAUAUUCCAAAACUAUUCAGUCAAGGUUAACAAUACUAAGAAAACUGCAAUAAUAAUUGAAGUAUUCAGGUAGUGCAUUGCAACCCAUUCUAAUCAUAUUCGAUAAAUAACUAGCUUCUUACACAGUUAGCCUUUUGAAUUUUUUUACGUUUAUUUUUUUUUUUGUACGUCAAAAUGUAUGUGCCUCGUUGUAAAUGACCGUCUGCUUUUCAUCUUCUUCUUUUGUACGUUCCUAAUAGAGCUCUAUGUAUGUAUGUAUGUAUGUAUGUAUGAUGACCUGAGGGGGUUUUCUCUCGUCAGGAAUGUUCCAAUGUUUAAAGUAACACAUAUACACUCACAGAAACAUGUGUUAGUCAUUACCUCAUGCCUUUCUUUUUCCCUCCUUCCUUUUUUUUUUCCCCUUCAUGAGUGUUCAUUCAGCCCACUAGACCUAACCUGUUAUUUUUAAGCAGUGUUCACUUGCAGUCCGAAAAGAAAGCAUAAAUGUAUUAAAAAUAAUAAUAAUAAAUAAAUAAAGGGCACAGGGAGAACUCCUUCACUUUCGUAUGAUACGUACACACACCGGCGUUAUUUCACCCCUACAAAGUGGAAAUGAUGUCACAGCUAUUUAACCGUACGACCUUAACGCUUAGCUUACCAAAUAAAAGAAGAAAAAAAAGCGCGUUGUGAUUCGUAAACAUUCGGGAAGACUGUAAGAACAUGGUAUGCACCUUCAGUAACCAUUGCAGCUUUGCGUACAUUUCAGACUUGUUUCUUUAUGCAAACGGGCGCUCGGUUGGACAGUUCGGCCUUUUCUUUACACUUACCUACUGUAGUAUUGUACCGUGUUUGAUGUCCGGUCAACGUGGGAAAUUCAAACGGAAAAAAAAAAACCGAUGAAUGCUAGGCCAUUCUUUUUUUGCAUGAUAUGAGUAGAGUUGUAAGUGUACGUCAGUGUGAUGCAUGUGUACCCGUCUUUUCUUUCAGUUCUUUGUUUCCUAAAUGGAACGCUUAUUGUGUUUUAACAAUUGUGAAUUUUUAUUUAUUUUAUUAUUAUUUUUUUUUAAUCCUGCCCAUUUUUUUUAAAAAAGAAAAAAAAAAAAUGAAAGUGUUUUUAUUUUCUACUACACGCUAUCAGAUCAAAUGCACUGGUGUUUUAUGUGGAGUGCCAACAGAAAGGUGAGGUACCAGUGUUACACAGCAUUUGAGGGAUCAUAUCUACCAUCACGUAGAACCCGUACACGUCCAGAUUCAUAGUAAUGUGAAAAUAUUCGAGAGAAGAAGAUGAAUACAAGUUGUUGCAAGAAUCCUGUGAGUUGUGUAAGUGUGUGCCUACAGAGUGUAUGUGUGUGUGUGUGUGUGUGUGUGUGUGUGUGUGCAAUUUCAUAUUAAAUAUCGUACAUAUCCAAUUCAACUUUGUACGUUUGGAAGUAAGGGAAAGUGUGUGUGUGUGUGUGUGUGUGUGUGUGUGUGUGUGUGUGUUUGUUUGUUUGUUUUUUCCUGCUCUGCACACACAGUGAGAGAAGAAUACAAAAUCAUCAAUAUGGUCCCUUUGAGAUGCUGAUGCUCUUUCAUUACUUUGGGGGUGGUUGUGGUUUUUUUGUCUGUUUUUUUUUUUUUAAAAAAAGGAAAAAAAGUGCAAUUUGAUUGUCACAGAUACAUGUAUAGAUUUCCUGUUCUUCGCUUAUAUGGCUUCUAUUGGACGGCAUUUUCUUUUUCUAAACAUUGUAGAUAGGUCAUUUUAUUUGCAUUUAGAAGUAUAAACACAUUUUAAAAACCUGUUACUUAAUUCUGUAAGUAAUUUUUAUAAUUAUUAUGUAAGUCUAUCCUUAUAAGAUAAAAAAAAUAAAAGUUCAUGUGAAAUUC